GACUAAACACAUAGAAUAAUUUUAGGUAUCAAGCAAUAAUUUUCCAAUCCAUCUAGAAAACUCUUUGUCUACUCUAUUGUCUAUUCACAUUCCAAUUUCCAUUUUCAGUACUCUCUCUCCACUCUCUCUCUCCAUUUUACAAAUUUCAAUCUGCUUCUCUCUUGAAACAAUAUUUUCCUUACGAACAAAAAACUAAGAAGGCAGAGAGGGAGGGUAGAGUUUUGGCGACGUGAAGGAGAUCGGAGGGAAUAAUGGCGGUCAGCGGAGAGGGGACUGCAAUUUAUUUGAGAUGGCAACCGCCGCCGCCAACAAGAGCGUUGGAGACUCGGCGGCGUUCUCAAGCUCGUCCUUUUUGCCGGUCGUCAGAGACAGGGAUGAGUUGGGGAAGAUGAAGGGCGGUUCGCAGUCGAAGAGAAGAGAAGAGGGAGACUCGACGGCGUUCUCGAGCUUGUCCUUCUCGCCGGUCCCCAGAGGCAAGGCUGUGCUGGAGAAGGCGAAGGACAACGGCGUUCUUGAGCAGUCAAGCUAGAGAAGAGAAGAGGAGCGGCGGGGUGAAUCUGGAGAAGAGAAGUGGAGUGGUCUAUUAGGGAUUGGGGUUUGGCUUUCAGAGUUUGGAGCUUUUUUUUUAAUAAUUAUGUUGCACAAUACGGCGAACAAAACCAGCCGAUAUUUCCUUUCGGGCCGGUUAAACCAAAAAAACCGUGCGGUACAAUAAUUCAACCACUAAAUGGCUAGCAUUUCG